UCAGAUCGUAUCGACUGGUUAAAGCGCAAUGGAUUUCACCCCAACAAAAGAGUCUGAGCGCACAGUUUCGGUGGAAUACACGCCGCCAACACCUCCGUUAACGCCACAAAAACACAAACAACUGAACAGUUCUUUGAAUGUGAAGUAUCCUGUCAUCUGUGCUUCUAGAAGCCAAGUCGAGGAAAGCAAGAUGAGAAGAACUAACGCAACGGACAAAUCUUCAUCGUCAUUUUCAUCUUCAUCGUUCCCAUCAUCAUCAUCAUCGGCGCUCGAGAGUUCAACCUCACCAUCCGCAGAUAGCAUCAUUCCUAAGAUCUUCACGGCAGCCCCUCCAACCACACUAGUUUCCCCCCGAGACACAAUGUUAACCUACGGCAUGUUUCAAGAAGACGAAGACAGAUACGAUGAAGAAGAAAGUAAAACCUUCAAAUUGCAAGACCCUCCCAAGAGAAAAGCAAAAACUUUUACCAAACCACUCGACAUGAAAGAUGAGUUUGAUUGCUCCCCUCAAAAAUCGUCACAGGACGGUACCUCGUCCAGCCCUUCACGGGCCAAAAGCCAGACGUCCAUAACUCAAUACAUGAUACGUACUUCACCUCAACAUGGAGCACGUCUAAGAAGCAAAUCCUGUCAAUCCCCUUUACCUCAUUCCCCUUAUACGAUACUGGCUCAAUCGCCUUGCACUCCGUCGAAAUGUGCGAAAAGCAACGAUGGCGGAAACUUCUUCUUUUCAGAUCUGCCUACGGGAGAAUUGAACACGGCUGUCUUUUCCCACGACAAAAGAAACAGAAAACGUCCGGUCGAUAUGAGUUCCAUGAACGACAAGGAAAUUGUGGAAAAUUUCACAGAUCUCAAUAUGGCGUCACCUCCUCCAAUAACCGUGGAUAAACUACCGGCCAGAGAAAGGUGUCGAUCAUCGCAAGACGACUCAGAUUAUUACACUAUGGCGAACAAAUCGUCUGCAGUUACUCCGCCAUCACCUCGUUUAGUGAAGAGUGCCUGCGAACGUAGACAAAAGACUGCAGAAUCGCCGGUCUAUAAAGACUGCUUCAGGAGGACAUCAUGCAGAUGCUACGAGGAGAAUACUUCCGGCGGAUAUAGCAAUCGUAGCUUCUGCAAGCAGGCGAAUAUAUUAGAAGAGGAGUCGAUAUUAUGUCCAACAGAGAGGAGCGUUUUUCAUGGACACGAAAGCUCACAGGAAUCUCGUCAACAAAAUAUGAGGUUUGAUCAAAGGCCAUGUCCAACAGCGGUAUUUGGUCAUUCCCUAUCGGGGUUAGUUCCAGUUGAUUAUAUACACGAUCCAGAACAUCCUAUCCCUGAUGAGUUCCCUUACGAAUCCACUUUCGUGCCCUCCUACGACAAGAAGGGAAUAUACAGAAAGGACGAGAUGUACAACAGAAUUCAAGCGUUGAAGGAGGACAGCGACGCUGGUAAAGUCAUGUUUAGACGUUGGUCGAAUAAAGACGUCACCCGAAAUCGAUCGUGCGAUAACCAACUCUGGGAUUCCGAUCUCCUACCAUCGCCUCCAUCUCACAACGAGGUCGUCCAUUCGCCGACCAUGUUGCCACCGCUGCCACCGUCGCCGUUUAACCUCCACCACACAACGCCCAAAAUUUCCCAUCUGACGUCACGACACGCCAGCACUUACAUUUCUCCAGUCUCGAAGAUAUCGCCCGCCGGGCAUGCGCAGUCGUACCGCCCUUCUACAUCAACCGGCGACCUUUGCCUCGACCGUAGCAGUCAGCCAUCGGAAGUACGAUUCGAAGAAGGACCUGGAAAUUCCUCGCAUCCACAUGAAUAUCUGGCAACACCUCUUGAAAGUCCGUCGCGGAUACGUCGGAAACAGCCUCAACUAAUACCUUCCCCCAGCAAUCCGUUCAUCUUUCCCAGCCAGCAGCAGCAGCAGAAGCCGAAGCAGCAGCAGUAUGAUACGAGUCAUUCUACACCAGUCAAGUCUCCGGCUCCGCCAUCGCAGGUCCCAUCGUCGCACUCACCCGCCAGUUUCCAUCAGUCUCCUUGUCAUAUCGGCUGUCAGCAUCGAGGGUCGCCGUCUUCGUACGGCUGGGCACCCGGUGAUCUGCCGUGCCAUCAAUCGCGAGUUCACGACUGCGCAGAUCGCCAGCGCAACGGAGUGGCGAAAAGGCGGUUGUUUUGCAGACAGUCGGAAGAAACAAAACACAGCUCCACUGACGGCGAAGCGAGCCACUGCUGUCAUCAUUUCCCUGAUGACCAUCGUUUACUCUACCCAGAAUCCCCAUCAUCAUCAUCCUCUUCCGGCAGCCAACACCGUAGAUCUCAUUACGAAAGCAGCGACGCUCACUUCACAUUUAGCGGUAGAUCACCGUCUUCGCAGCUCCAAGGCCCACCAUUGCCGCCUUGCAACUGUUGUACAGGAAGGUGCAGCGUGUCACAUCAUCCCAACAGUCGUUGUUGUCUACAGCGUUAUCAUUCAACUUCUGCUGCCUAUUCACAGGAUGACACUUACAAUAUAUGACAGAGAAGGAACCGAAAAGGGAUUUUCCCCUAAUAACUUAUGAGGAUCUCGUUGGGCAGCUGAGCUGGAAUUAUCUGGGAGUAAUGGGGUAAACUCGAGAGGUAACUGGGUUUAACUGGAAUUCACUGGUCUCGACUUGUUAGCUAGGUUUGUAUGGGGUUAGUUGGGGUGACCUGGAGACAAUUGGGGCUCACCAGUGAUAAAUUAAGUUAAAUAAGGUUAACUGGAUUACCCGAGUAAAAUGAAUAUAUAUGAGGUUACGUGGAUUCGACUGAGGUUAACUGGUGUGAACUGAGGUCAACUGAGGUCAACUGAGGUCAUUGAGGUAAUGGGUUUCACUGUCCAAGCCACCAUACAAGAAAUAUCUAAUAUUCAGGGCCGGGGUGGACAAAUCAGUGACGUUUGAACAGCAGACAUAUAGUAUAAGUAUGUGUAUGUGUGAGUCUGCGUGUGUGUGUAUGUUUCUGUGUGUGUGUGCCCGUGUAUGUGUGUGUACCUGUGUGUGUGUGUGUGUGUUACCUGGAGCUGAACAUCCGAACGAUUAAAAAGGUUU